AUGAUGGCANAAAUCACAGCAGCAGGCGCAACUUCCGUGCUCCAGCACGGUGCAAGUUGGCAAGAAGCUGAUGACUACCUUAGCACCACCAUCAUCAAGGACGCAUCAUCCAAAGGUGUAGAAUGUAUCUACGUACCCNCCUUCGACCACCCUAAAAUCUGGACAGGGCAUUCUUCCAUGAUCGACGAAAUCGCAGUCCAACUCUCAGAAUUGACAGAAGAAGACAAUGCAGUGCCAGACGUGUUGGCAUGUAGUGUAGGCGGCGGCGGCCUCUUCAACGGCAUAAUGCAAGGCCUUGCCACCCACUCCUGGUCAAACACCAAAGUCUUAGCCGUGGAGACAAAAGGCACAGACUCGUUGGCCGAAAGCAUACGCCAANAAUCUCACAUCACGUUGCCGGCAAUCACUUCGCAGGCAACCUGUCUGGGUGCCAAAAAGGUGUCGGCAAAGACUUUCGAAUUGGCAAUGAUGAAUGAGCAGGUUCAAACUUUGGUGUUGAGUGAUGAGGAGGCUAUGAUGGGCACGUGGAGAUUGGCAGAGGAAGAAAGACUGUUGGUCGAACUGGCAUGUGGUGUCACGGUGGCAUUGUGCUAUGGAGAUCGUUUGAAGAAGGCUUUGGGAAGAGAGGUGUCGAAAGACGAUAAGGUUGUCAUCAUCGUGUGUGGUGGAAGCAACAUCACCAUUGAUAUGGUCUCUCAGUAUAAGAAAGACUCGGCGCAUAUUGAUGCAGAGCCAGGUCAGUAG